AUAUAUAUAUAUAUAUAGCCGACGUAACCAACAUAAAGAACUUGCCAUGUGGCGCAUAUCUCCUUUUUUAGCCAUCCUUAUUUGUCAUUGACCCAUGUAUAGAGAGUUGCAACACAGAUAAUCGCAUUUAGUGCUUUCUGAUUGUGUUUGUCACAGUAAGAGACCUUCACAUGACUCGAAUCCAUUCGCUUUCACAGGUCUGAUCUCCCUUCGCCUCUGAAAACUGUCUCCAUCUAGCGGCUUCCACCCCUGCACAUCUAUCAGCGCCGAAUGCCUGAAUCGAUAACCCGAGACGUGAAAAUAGCCGCAAAGCUUCUCCCCCAGUCUCUCAGCUCAGGGUUCAGCACUUCACUGAAAUCCAGCCAAACUUUGAUUAAUAAUGAAUUCAGACGCCGACGAGUAACUUCACGCAGGGAGCGAUAUAGGACGUUUCAUUUAGCUGCAACAGAAAACGCUGCAAAUAAACAUUUCACCGUAACACUUCCCUAUUAUGCACCAUUCACACAGGCUGCGUUACAUUCAUAUGUGUUAACCAAUGCCCGUAGCACGUGACACGCCUCCAAUGCGCCGUGAGCAGAAGCAACUUGGGCUCCACCGCAGACUCACAGAUCUCCGUCGGUAGCGGCUGAAGCAACUUCCAGCGAAUCAUUUGUUGCGGGUUCACUUGUUCACUCGGGUCGCAUGCAGACCUUGCGAGACAGCUCUCUGGUCAUUGGAUUACAGUUAAAAGAAGCGGAUAGGAAAGUGGCGUUUUCUGCUUUUGAAACACCGUACGCGCUCAGGGUGGUCUUCUCUUCCUAUGAAACGACCACUGUGACAGUUUUCUCCAAGAGCGUCAGUGUCAAGCACAGAAACUGUGGACGAUAAAAAGGAUGCCCUUGGACAACGUGGAUCCUCUACCUGACUUCUAAACUUGUUGCAUUUUGCUCCAGAAAACCUCCGUGUGCGCGUUUCGGAUACCUAUUUGUGCGUAACGGAACAGCUAUUCAAAGUGGACUAUAACAGAUGAGCUGUGUGUAAAAACCUGCACUUUUGCAUAAAAAUCCAUUUAUGAGGAGAUGUCCUUUCUGCGCGCGGCGGAUUUGUGAGCGCAAAACCUGCUUCAGUCGCACCGGGUCGCGCACAUUGGGUCAGCAUGGCAGCCGGAGUCGCCGCGUGGCUACCGUUCGCGCGCGCCGCGGCCAUAGGAUGGAUGCCCGUGGCGAGCGCCCCGAUGCCGCCGCCUCCGCGGGACAAGAGGCGAGGUCAGGACGGCCUGAUCAUCUUGAACGUCAGCGGCACUAGGUUUCAAACUUGGCGGAAUACUUUGGAGAGGUACCCCGACACCUUACUGGGAAGCACAGAGCGCGAUUUCUUCUUCCACGAGGAGACCAACGAGUACUUUUUCGACCGCGACCCGGACAUUUUUAGGCACAUCCUUAACUUCUACCGAACCGGGAAGCUGCACUAUCCUCGCCACGAGUGCAUCUCCGCCUAUGACGAGGAGCUGGCCUUCUUUGGCAUCAUUCCUGAGAUAAUAGGCGACUGCUGUUAUGAGGAGUACAAAGAUCGCAGGAGGGAGAACGCGGAAAGGAUUCAAGACGAUGAGGAGAACGACAACAACAACGAUAUGGUGUUGCCGGAUAUGUCAUUCCGCGAGACCAUGUGGCGCGCGUUUGAGAACCCGCACACCAGCACCAUGGCUCUGGUGUUUUAUUACGUCACGGGCUUUUUCAUCGCCGUCUCCGUUAUGGCCAACGUGGUGGAGACGGUCCCGUGCGGCAGCGGACCGAACCGGGCGAGGGAGAUCUCGUGCGGAGAGCGCUACGCCCUCGCGUUCUUCUGUUUGGAUACGGCCUGCGUCAUGAUCUUCACCGUCGAGUACCUGCUGCGUCUGAUCGCCGCGCCCAGCAGGUACAAGUUCGUCAAAAGCGUCAUGAGCAUCAUCGAUGUGGUGGCCAUCAUGCCUUAUUACAUCGGCCUGGUCAUGACGGACAACGAGGACGUGAGCGGGGCCUUCGUCACCCUCAGGGUCUUCAGGGUCUUUCGGAUUUUCAAAUUUUCGCGGCACUCCGCGGGACUGCGCAUCCUGGGGUACACGCUCAAGAGCUGCGCGUCCGAGCUGGGCUUCCUGCUCUUCUCUCUCACCAUGGCCAUCAUCAUCUUCGCCACCGUCAUGUUCUACGCAGAGAAGGGCUCCUCCGCCAGCAAGUUCACCAGCAUUCCGGCGGCGUUCUGGUACACCAUCGUCACCAUGACAACGCUGGGAUAUGGAGAUAUGGUUCCUAAGACCAUCAUGGGGAAGAUCUUCGGCUCUAUUUGCUCUCUGAGUGGCGUGUUGGUGAUCGCUCUUCCAGUUCCUGUCAUUGUGUCCAAUUUCAGUCGGAUCUACCACCAGAGUCAGCGUGCGGAGAAGCGACGUGCCCAAAAGAAAACCAGGCUUGCUAGAAUUCGUGCAGCGAAGAGCGGUGGCGCUAACGCUUAUUUGCAGUACAAACGCAAUGGGAUGCUGGCGGAAGCGGAGGAGGAGGCAUCAAAAGAGGCCGGCCAAGCUUUGGUAUGUAAGUCCAACCCCACUUUUGAGACCCAGCAUCAUCAUCUUCUGCACUGCUUGGAGAAAACCACGAACCAUGAGUUUGUAGAUGAGCAAACGUAUGAGACAAGCUGUAUGGAGGUUUCCUUAGCGAAGCCGUCCAUGUCCCGUUCCUCCUCACUGUCCUCCUCUCCGCACGGCCUGUCCUCCUGCUGCACACGCAGAAACAAGCGCAAGAGCUUCAACGUCCCCAAUUCCAACAUGGCCGCCGGCCGCAGGGGCAGCAUACAGGAGCUCAGCACCAUCCAGAUCAGAGAGAGACCGCUGAGCAACAGCCGCUCCAGUCUCAAUGCCAAGUUUGAGGAGACAGUACCCCUGAAUUCGGAAGAGCAGUCCUACAUCACUGCCGCUGUCAUCAGCAUGCCCACCCCGCCCGUGACCACGCCCGAGGGCGGAGACUCGGCCAGCUCGCCCGACUUCUUGCAAAGCAACAUUGUCAGGGUGUCGGCGUUAUAGACCGUCCGCCGUGACCAUUAGCCGUUUUACUUAGCGAGUGGACGCUGGAGCGGAAGGAUCGACAGAGCCCCCUAGUGUUGUGGAGGAGGCAUUGCAGCAGGAUGGGCCAUAGCUGGACCUUUUUUUUUUAAUCAGCUCCCGCCCAGAGCCCUCCGUCUCUGUGAGCUCCAUCAGCUCCACCUCUAGGUCCAUACGUCAUGUGACUCACGCUGGGGUCCAAUAGGCUUUUACUCAACCCAUAAAGGAAAACAAUGACCAUUGUGGUUGUUACAGCUUCUAUAAUUUUUUCAGUAUUGUGAGUCUUUGAAUCUGUUGUCUUCAAUAUGAUGGGAUCGCCAGAUUUUGGGACGAAUAAGGAGUGUACCAGCAGGGGCGGGAUUUUACAAACUUUUAGACAGCUAUACACACACUUUUGAUACUUCAAAGUAAAGCUGGGCUCUACUAGAGUGUGCGGUCGGAUGCUUUUGCGUGCGUGCGUGUGUGAUCGAGUUCGAUCUCUUGCAUGUUUUGCGUAAGUCUUUGUCUUUUUUUAAUUCGGCAUGAGCAAUAAGGAUUGGCUCUUUCUGUCAGAAUGUGUGCUUUUUACUUUUGCCUAGUUAUAGAUCUUUCCAACCCAACAAGUGUGUGAAAACAGCUGUUUUGAGAGAUUGCCCUGUUGAUACAGGUGAUAAAUGGAGAAAAUCCUGUCUCACACUCUCUCUGUCCCACCCAUGUUGCGUUCACUCCUUGCCUGGCCUGAUGAGAUGUUUGUUAUCCUUCUUUUUAUUUUUGGUGGCAAAAAGCUAAAUGGAAAAGGAAACGCCUUUUGUGUUUUAAUAUAUUUGAAAGUGGAGGCUUGUGGACUUGAGCUCUAAUACUAGCCAUUCCGUUUUAUACUCCAAAGUUUGCGAGCUAACUGUGAAAAGAAAAAUAACGUGCUUAUUUAUUAUCUUCGUUAAAAUUAUUGUGCAUGUUGUCGUACACAUGGUGAAAUGGGCCAGCGUGGACCAGAGCAUAGAGCCCGACCAGGACAUUUUUUCCGAGUUCUUAUUUUUCCGUCCCUCCCUUUAAAGAUGUACUUUUAUCAGCAAAUAUUCUAUUAUUUCCGGAUAACGGCAUCAAGUUGAGAAUCAUCCACUCAGAUUCCUAGUGCUGUUUUGGAGAUUAUUAUAUCAUUGUGAUCAGCCGAAGACGUUUAGUGUUGAACUUAAAAACGCGAAUCUCACAAAGUCACGUUCAGGUUUAUUUCAAUCCAAAAGCAAAAGAGAGUGAAUUAUACUUUGCUUGUUUUAAAAAUAACGUUAAAAACAGCACUCUGCUCCAUGCAAAUUCCUAUUACCGUAAUUUGUUUUAGUUUUUUAGUAUUCUCCUUCUCAAUGGUUAUUUUCGUUACUAUAAUACAAACAAAAGGCAAAUAUAUAAUGCUUCAGAAUGAUAGUACAAAAAAAAUUUGUAUUUUGGCAUCACAGUAAUGACACGUUUUGGGGGGCGUCGUGCUUAAUUGUCAAGAAAGUAAUGCACAAAAUCUGUUUAAAAUUUGUAUAAGCAAAAUAUAAUUUAUUUUGAUUUUGGACAGAAAUAUGUCUGUGAGAUUCAUCCAAAAUGUAUUAUUAUUAAUCAAAAAGUGUAAAAAAAAAAAAUAUCUGCACCUGAAAGAUUAAACCUCUCUUCUCUGCCAUUUCAUGUCUGGAUUUAGCAAGAAAAUAGUCUAUAAUGUUGAUAUUUUUUAUACCGAUGUCAGUGCAAUUUGUGGUGAGGAGCUCUUAAUGCGCCUUGCUCAAUACACACACACACAUACACACACACACACACACACACACACACACACACACACUGCCCUCUUGCUCAAUGCCUGCACCCAUUCUUGCUUUACCAUGUGACUUAUGCAACAAGAUUCUUUUUGUAAAGAUAUGCUUUGUAUUAAAAGGGUUACCGGGGGAAUAGAAUCUCACAAAUGCAUAUUUUUAAAACUCAAAUGGUGUUGAUUAUAUAUUAUAAAUGUAUUUCAGUUGUAAAAUACAAAAAAGAAAAGAUGAAAACAGAAAACUACGAGAGAGUGUUGCUAGUGCACCUGUGCUGUAAAUUUGUUCUUCGGUGUAGUGAAGUUUAUUACAGUUUCUUCUUUUCUCCUAAUUUCAAUGGACAGCAAAAUUAAUGUCUCACAUUUUACUUUCUAAAUCAACGACUGCAAAGGCUGGACCAUCUGUUUAGGUUUGGAUAUUUUAUUUUAUUUUUUCCUGUUUGGAGGACAGGAUUGACUGAGUGCAUGCGCUCACAGAUUCACAAAGAACGUGUCUGUUUUUUGUUUUUUUUUCUUCUUUUUUUUUCGGGAUCCACAAGGGACUUUUAGAACAGACUUCCUGUUUGUGCUAUAAUGUACAUUUAAACGACUACCAGGUGAUGACGAUCCUUUGGAAUUUGUUACAGCUUGUGUUAUGGACAUUAAAAUAUAUGAAUUAUUGAAAAACAAUGAAAAAAAUACAAACCAGUUGUUUAGUCCGGUGCAGUGUCUAUGAAUAAAUAGAAUUAAUUCAUUGUCCUAUUAAAAUACAGAUAAAAAAGA